CCUCGCUGGACGCUGGGCGUCCCUAGAACGUGCGCCCGCGCGCCUAGAACGCCUUUCGCGCCAGGCUGUAGGGCGCCGGCAUGACAUCGCCGUGCGAGCCGGCAAGCCUCGAGUACGGGCCGACCACCGACGCGCUCCUUCGGCUCCUCGCCGACAGAGGCAUCACUCUCGACGACGGCACGCAGGCUGCGCCGCUGCGCCUCUUCCACGGGCUGCCUACGGCGCACUGGCAGUGGCGUGCCGUGGAGGACGUCCUGGCGCAGGAAACCGGCGCAAAGCCAACUUGCCCCGUGUGCUGCGAGCGCCUACCCAGCGGCCCAUCGGCGCUGCUGCAGCACGUCACGGACUGCCUCGCCGCGAGCCGCGGCACCCCGUGGUUGGCCGAGGGAAAGCCGUUCGCUGUCUCGGCGAGCAAGCUCGGCUCCUACUUCAACUCCGGCGAGUGCGACCGCAUGCUGCACCGCCUCUGCGAGCGGGAGGGCAGGGGCUACAAGCCCGACGACAUCGAGGACCUCGACAAGCCGCUCACCACGGCGCACUCGUCCCGCGGCGACCUCUUCGAGGCGCAGAUUUGCAACCAGCUCUGCUCGAGCGGGCUGGCCAGCGACUGGACCGGCGCGGCGCAGGACACCACGAACGGUGAGGAGGCGAAGCAGCGCUGGGGGCGGGCAGGAGGAGGGGGGGCGGGCAGCAGCAGCGGGCCGGCCUCCCUGCACAAGCUCAAGUACAGCCGCGAGCACGAGGCGCUGUCCGCACCGGCCGGGCCGCCCUUCGACCACUGCGACGUGAGCUUCUCCAACUCGUACGUCGACUUCCUGCUGCUGCGUUUCGUCUCCGGCGGCGGCGGCGCGGUCGUGGCGGAGCUGACUGUCAUCGACGCCAAGGCGACGGGCAAGGUCAAGGUAGGGGCCAUGGUGCAGGUGGCAUACUACGCUCUGCUGCUCGAGACGCUCAUUGCCACCGACCCGCGCCUCGCCGGCGUGCGGCGCCACCUGCGCCUCGCGCGGCACGGCGGUGUCUGGCUGUACGGAGAGGCGGCGCCGGCGCCCUUCCUCCUCCGGGAGGUGCGCGACAAGGUCGACGCCUUCCUCAGGGGCGGCGGCGGCCUCCGAGCCCUCCUCAGCCGCCGGCGCAAGCAGCAGGGAUACAGGUCGCAGGAGUGGCGGCUGGCGCCGUCGUGCCGGAACUGCGGCUUCCAUGACGACUGCCGCGCCGACGCUCUCCCUGCGGGCGCGUCGGGCGGCGCGCGCGACACCCUCCAGAUUGGGUACGCCCCCGACGGCCAGCCACGCACGCCGGCUGGCGUGCCCAGCCCUCGCGUUCGUGCGCUGGUCCAAGGCAAUCCCAUGCUCACCGGCCAGAGCAGCCUGACGCUCCCGCAGCGCGAGACGCCCCCCACCGGCCGCUUCAGCGUGAGGGACAGAAGAGGCCGCUCAAUAAGGCCGGGGCGCGACGUGCGCGACUUCUGCCCCGUCUGUGGCCACUCGUCCGCCCGCCCGUCGCCGCACUUCGAGCAGCUCGAGGCUCUCGUCGCGUCGCUGCACGGCGCACUCGAAGCGGCCCGCGGCCGCCACACCGCCGUCUACUUUGCCGAGCGGGCAGAGCACGCCCUCCUCGUGCGGCUGCUCCUGGCGCGCGUCCUGGCCAGCGAGAGCGGCCCCGCCGCCGAGGACGACGCGGCGGCGCUCGCGCGCGCGCGGCAGUGCCUGCACGUGCUCACAAGCACGCCCGACUUGAUCGAGCUCUCGGAGCACCCGGCGGAGGCCGGCACGCCGGAGCGCCAGGCACACGUCGUGCCCUCCCACUGCGUCGUCCUCGAGGCGGAGGCGGCGAGACUCGUCGCGCUGCCCGUCGCGGGCCCGCCGCUCUUUGAGGACGUGUGCGAGUGGCUGCUCAGCAAGGAGCAGCUCAGCAAGGAGCGGCGGCUCGCCACCGCAGAGCGGCUCUACUCGCUCUGGCAGCACCGCUUCACCGUCGCCACCUACCAGCUGCACUCGACGCUCAAGCGGCGGCUCGGCCUCAUCGACGAGCUGCUCGCCUCCCUCCGCCGCGGCGUCGCGGGAAGUGCGGAAUCGCCCGACCUCUCCCUCCCCGCGUGGAGCACGGCCACGUGCCGCUCCCUCCUGCCCCGGGAGGCGCCCUCGCUCGCGCUGCGGGCAGACUGCGGCCUGCGCUGCCCCGAGCUCUCCAAGCUGAGCUUCCUCGUGCAGUGCGAGGCUCACGCCGCGCUCUCCGAGACGGAGGAGGAGGUGUCGGCCGGUGCGAGGCGGACGCUGAAGAAGGCGUUCGACGUGGUGAGCGCGCAGGUGGAGGAGCUCGCGCUGAGCAAGUGGAGCGAGUGGCUGCUGGCGCCGUGCUCGCCCGAGGGCUUGCACGACGAGCUCCGCUUCCACGACCUGCAGCGCGGCCGCAUCCAGGGCAAGCAGGCGCGGCUGCACGAGCAGUACUGGCCGCGGUCGGACGGCUUCCCCGCGCAGGCGGGCUCGGUGCUGUUUGCUUCGGUGGUCCAGGUGCAGCCGAUGUACGGCGAGCACGGCCGCGUCCUCCUUCGCUUCUCGCUCGACCCGCAGCUCCACUCGCUCCCGUUGGGGCGCGGCCAGGACGCCCGCGCGACGAACCCUGAAGACGCCUCCGCGACGCGGCCGCUCUCCGUCCGUCUGAUGCGCGAGCACCCCGCCACCUUCCGCGUCACCGCGCCCGCGCCGCCCGACGCCGCGUCCGCUGCGCUCGACGAGCAGCUGCGCAGCCUCUUCCCGCUCACCGCUAGCCAGGAGGAGCUCUUCUGCCUCUCGCGGCAGAACGCGGUGCAGUGCGUCAACGGCCCGCCCGGGAGCGGCAAGACGUACUUCUCCGCCGCCCUGAUCUGCCGGCUGCUGGUCCGCGCGCUGCUCGUGCCGGGGGCGGUUCAGCGCGUGCUCGUCACCGCGUUCACGCACGCCGCAAUCGACAACCUGCUCAACAAGGUCGCCGAGCUGCUGGGCGGCAGGGCGGUGCUCGCCUUUGCUGCCGAGGCGGCCAUCGAGCUGCCCGUGCCGCGCAAGUUUCAACGGGACGACUCGAAGGAGUUCACCGUCGGCUGCGAGGAGAUCCCCCAAAACGGCUUCCUGAACCAGACGGGGGGCAGCGGGGGCGAACAAGUGCUGCUGCUCGGCUGCACGUGCUACCAGACGCCAAAGGUGAGGGAGAGUCUGGCCGCCAAGUUCGACUUCUUGCUCGUCGACGAGGCGUCGCAGAUGCUGCUGACGCAUCUGAGCAUGUCGCUCCCCCUCCUGCAGGACCUCCGCCCGCCUGUGCCCGGCCGCCCUCCCGGCCGGCUCAUGGUUGUCGGCGACACAAAGCAGAUGGGCCCACUCCUGACCGAACAGUACCCCGAGGCUGCGGACGGGCUGCCGCCCGUGCACGCCUCGGGCACCUACGCGGCGGCGCCCGUCGGCGGCGGAGGGCCGGUCGAGCUGGCCCGCGCCGAGCUGCAGCGGGGCCUGGUGAGCUCGCUGCAGGAGAACCACCGCAUGUGCGACCAGCUGGCACGCCUUGCGCGCGAGGUGCUCGGGUACGCCGAGUACACCGAGUGCCACCGCCGCGGCUGCCCGUGCAGCAAGCGGUGGCGCGCCGAUGGCGUUGCGGGAGGAGUGCCGCCGCUGCGGCUGCGGCUCGACUGCGGCCACUCCGCCGGGUGUGCUGCGGGCGUCCUCCGGACCGCACACGCUUUUGUCAUGGCGGCGCUGGUGGCGGAAAUUGUCUGGAUGUACCUGCGAGGCGCGCGGCCGACCUGGGGUCGCGCGGCCGCUGACGGCCGGCUCGACGAGAGCGUGUUUGUCGUGACGCCGCACCACGUGCAGCGCGUGGCCGUCUUGCGUGCGAUCGAGGAGAGGCAGAUCCCGUUGCAGCACGUCGAGGUCGCGACGGUCGAGAAGGUGCACGAGGAGGUCGCGACGGUCGAGAAGAUGCACGAGGAGGUCGCGACGGUCGAGAAGAUGCAGGGCCAGGAGCGCGACCUCGUGGUGGCGUGCUACGCGGGCCUCGACCUCGACGAACGUAACGAGCUCGGCUUCGCCUACUCGCGCGAGCGGCUCAACGUGGCCGUCUCGCGCGCGAAGAAGAAGUGCGUGCUGCUCUGCUCGCCGGCGGCGGAGAUGAGGGCAGGGCUCGAGCUCCUCCGGCGCAUCUCCGAGGCGUGCGGCGACGGCAGCUGCGACUACGCGACCACCGUGGUGCACACGGCUGAGGCGGCCGAGGGCAUGGACGUGGGCUUGCCUCCUCGGCAGGGCGAUCCCGCCGGCCAAGCCAGCGUGGCCUCGCUCUCGCCGCGGAGCCGCGACCAGAGCGGCGGGCAGAGCUGCGGCGCGGGGUCGCAGGUCGCCAUCGACGACGACGAGACGGAGGACGAGGGCGAGGGCGAGGGCGCCCCGCCCCCGCUCGUGGUGCCUGUCCUGCCUCUGGGCGAGGCGACACCGACCGACGAGGACGAGGAGCUGGCUCGACACUCCCUCGCCCACGCGCCGACGGCGGGGCAGCGCGCGGCGUCGGCGGAGCUGCGUGAGACGGCGCUGGAGCUGCGCGUGCCCCUCGAGGCGCUGAGCCGCCGGCCGUGGGCGCUGGUGCCGUACGAGGAUUGGCCGGCGCUGGCGGAGCUGCCGGCGUUCAUGCGCGGGUGGGCGAGGCGAGGCGUCGUCGUGCGCCCGGUGCCGCCGGGCCGCGUGGAGGUUGACUGGUACACGCCGGCGCUGCACGCCGCCGCGGUGGAUCUGCACAAGAAGGUGGCGGCGCAGAUUCACGGCGGGUGCUUGCGAUAGAGAGGGGUCGCGAGGAAAGGAUACUCGGGCUCACGGGACCUGGGGCUAGCGUGGUGCGUGUCACGCUACGUGCGUGGGAUAGCCUCGGGAUAGACCCGCGGGUAGAGUAGUGGCGUCUGACGCCAACCUGUCGGACGAUCCAUCGAGGCUCAAGCUCGAUACGCUAGAGAGAGAGGAUGGGAGCGACCCAGGUGUCGUUUGUUGUUCCCGAUCUUAGCGAUUGAGGUGAUUAGCAGAUGAGAAAGGUCACUG